CCGGUAUACUCCCCUAACCUUAACCCUAUAGAAAACCUAUGGAAAUUAAUAAAGGAGCGUAUUUAUAAGAAGGAACCGAACCUCGGGGAUAUAAGAAAGAAUAUCGAAUCGUGGGAAUUACUUAUAUGCACCGCGGUUAUAGUGUGGGAGGAGUUCGAAUAA